AAAUCUAUCAUACUUUUCCUUCCUUUCAUCUCUCUCAUCUCUCUUGGAUUAUGGAGUAGCAUUAUAUUCAAUGGUAAGAGCGUCAAUCCGCUCGAGGCCCAAAAUUAAUAAACUGAUUCAUCAAGCCCAUUUCUGCGCGUAAUUGAAUCAGCAGAGAGAGCUGAAAAAACUAGAAUUUGUUUUCGAUGGAGGUUCGAGACGACGGCGACGCUCAAUCGCGCUAUCAUCAGGAGCAGCAAUCGCAGCCCACACCCUCCUCCAAGCAACUCCAGUCUUCUCCCAAUCAUAUCGAUACCAAUUCCGUCACCCAAAGGAAUGUGUUUUGCAGGUUGCAAAAGGAGCUCAUGGCUCUAAUGAUGACAGGUGGAGAUUUGGGAGUAUCUGCCUUCCCCGACGGGGAUAGCAUAUUUGCAUGGACUGGCACAAUUGAAGGUGGUAAAGGAACUAUGUAUGAUGGUCUGUCUUACAAACUUUCACUGCGCUUUCCAGUAGAUUAUCCUUUCAAGCCUCCUCAAGUCAAGUUUGAGACGACAUGCUUCCAUCCGAAUGUUGAUCAGUUUGGGAAUAUUUGUUUAGAUAUUCUUCAGGACAAGUGGUCUUCAGCAUACGAUUGCAGAACGAUUCUCUUGUCUAUACAGAGUCUACUAGGAGAACCGAACACUGAGAGCCCUCUCAAUGCGUCUGCUGCUUUACUCUGGAAGAACCAGGAAGAGUACAGAAAAACAGUGCGCAAACAUUACAUGGCUACUGGAGAUUCAUUGGAAAACUGACUAAAAUUGCAGUAAUAAACUUCAUAAAGGAAGAUCAUAAUCUAUCACUCUGGAAAUAUUAGGCUUGGUGGACUGUUAUUUCUUUCACAGAAAUGUUUUUUUUAUCCUUUUAUUAGUAGAUCAGUGCUCAUCAAAUUGUAAUCAAACCAUGAUUUUAUUUGUGGCAUCUGUUUAAUGUAUGCUUGUCAAAUCAAGCAACUUUUGGCGGUUUAA